AUGGCCGUCGUUGCCGGGACGACGCUCCUGAUCCUGCGCCCGAUAAAGCACACGGCCGCCCUGCGGCCGGAUGCACGACCGGCCAACCCACCGGCCGAUCCGUUCCGGUCGCAGUACUGCAACAGCGGCCGAAGGCGUGGCGGUGUUGCACUAGCAUCCUCUCCUGCUACGGUGAGGAUGACAGCGACAGCGGGGGGGGGGGCAACCACGCACAUUGGGUCGAUCAAGGACUGCGCCUCCGGCCGACGCGGGGCUGGGCUGACGACGAGCGCGACGGCGACUCUCGCAAGCCGCGUUUCUCUGGGGAUGCAGGGUGGGGGGUUGCAAAAGCGCGCGUGGCGAGCGGCGGGAAGGCGGCCGGUGGCGCCGCUGUGCAUGAGCCAGACUAGCCCUCCCGUGUUUCAGCCCCAACAGGCCGGAGACAGGAAGGACAGCAGUAGCUCCUCGCCCACUGCUGCGGGUGACAGUGUCGUAGGGAAAGAAGACGACCACCACAGCAAUGGCCAGGGGGCCGCUGAUGUGCGGCAGCAGCCAGCAGUCGUUUCGCUGCACCAGCACCAUCGUCACAACCAUCAUCCAGAGCCGGCACCGCCACCGAGAGUUGCCGACGACAUCGCGGCGAUGAAAGCUCUGGGCAAGGAGGGGAAGUGGCGAGAGGCGGUGGCGGUACUGUCCCAGCUCAAGGAAGAUGCUUCGGCAGCCUCCAACGGUGACGGUAGCGACCUCGCCCCGAACCUGGCGGUGUACAACGCGGCCAUCAGCGCGGUGUCAAGAAGCGGAAAGUGGGACGAGGCGCUAGGUUUGCUGGAGGAAAUGCGAUCGGCAGGCGUCCAGCCCGAUGUGAGGACAUUCACGAGCGUCGUCUCUGCGGGAUCCCGGAGCGGGAGGGUGGACCUCGCCGAACGGGUGCUGGACACCAUGCGAGCGGAAGGGGUGCCUCCCAACGCCGCCACGUACAACGCUGUCAUCACCGGGUGCUCUUGUGGCCCGCCGCCGCCGCCUCGAGGGGGCAGCGGUGGUGGCGAGGUGGAAAGGGCGCUGCGGCUGCUGGAAGAGAUGGCCGCGGACCCGAGGCCCGAGGCCCAGCCGGAGGCGCUGAGCUACACGCUGGUGCUGAAGGCGUGCGGGAGGGAGGGGCGCUGGGAGACCGCGCUGCAGCUCUUGACGGAGAUGCAGGCGAAGGGUCUGGAGCCCACCGUGUUGAGCUUUCGGUACGCCCUAACGGCUUGUGCCAGCAGCAGCAGCAGCAGGGGGGUGUCGGGCGGGAGUGGCGAAGAGGACUUUGCCGGCGUGUGGGAGCGCUGUCGUUCGCUGAUGGACGCCAUGGGCAGGCUGGGCCUAGAGCCGGACCGGCUGUGCUACAAGCAGGCUGUAGAUGCCGCGGCGAAGGCUGGUGAUGUGGGCGCAGCGCUCGACCUGAUGGAUGGCAUGGAGAAUUGCGAGGGUUUCAGGGGUGCCGUCGAAUACAACCAAAUUAUCAUGGCUUGCGGUCGCAGAGGAGACUGGCAGCGAGCCGUGUCCACCCUGGGUCGGAUUCGACGCGCGGGUGGCGCUCCCGACGCGCACAGCUUCGCCAUGGCGAUGACCGCCUGCGCGAGAGCGGGCGAGUCACGGCAGGCCCUCCGUCUCCUGGACGAGCUGAAGCGCGAGGGGGGAGGGGUGCGGCCGAACACGGUGGUGUACAACACCCUCCUGGCGCUGUGCAGGGGGAAGCCGCUGCGAGGGGUAAGGGGGGGCGGGGGUGGGGGGGGUGGGGGGGGGGUCCCGGCGGCGGCGGCGGCAGCGGCGGACGGUACGGGGCCGAACCUUAACGGUUACGGUGGUGGGGGUGGCCUCGAAGAGGUCAACGGCCACGGUGUUGCCGUCGGUAUGCCGGACGGCAGGGCGAUACGAAACGGCGUUUCGGUGCCCGGCGGGGGCACCGUGGGCUCGAGGGAGCGGCCGGACGAGCUCGUCGGGACCGCGGUUGCGUUGCUGCACGAGAUGACCGUAGGCGGCAGCGAGUGCGCGCCGGACAAGAUGUCCUUCGAGCUCGUCAUGCAGGCCUGCGUGAACGCGGGACGUCCUGAAUCGGCACUCAAGGUGUUCAGGGCGAUGGCGAGGGUUGCGGCCGGUGGGGGGGGCGCGGUAGGCGGCGGUGGGGGGGGUAGUGGCGAGCGACGGGGAGGCGGGCGAGGGAGAGCGGUAGAGGUGCGGCCGGACCGCGCCACGUUUAGACUAGGGCUGACCGCGGCGGCGGAGGCGGGGGACGGCCCGGCAGCGGCGGUCUUGUUGGAGGAGAUGCGAGAUGCUGGAAUAGCGAUGGACGAGUCGGCCUUCCACCUCGCGGCAACAGCAUUCGGGCGCGCGGGCCUCUGGCGACAGGGCGUCCGCGUGGCGGUCGUGGCGGCGGAGCAGGGCAUCGCCCUCGCCCCGACCACCCUCACGAGCAUCCUCGGGGCCUGCGCCAAGCAGGCCCGGUGGAGAGAAGCGUUGGGACUGCUCCAGGGCACACGCCCGGUCCUACAGCAGGGGUUGUCGUCGUUGCCGUUGUCGACAGGCGCGGGGGUUGUGGCUGGCAACGAGAGGAGGGGGGAGGGGAACGUGGUGGCCGCGUACACGCUGGCCAUGGUCGCGUGCCGGAGGUCCGGGCGACACUCGGAGGGGCUCCGGGUGUUGGAGAUGCUGGAAGAGGACGGGGGUGUGGGAGACGAGGCGUUUUUUCGAGUUGCGCUCAAGUGCUGCGCCAAGGCCGGGGGGGUCGGGGAGCGGGGCGAUUGCAGUGGGGCGGCCGUUGCGGACAGGGUGUUGGAAGGCAUGUCCGCACAGGGGAUCCGUUGCGGCGUGGAGGGGUUCACAGAUAUCGCGCAGGCGUACGGGUUAGCCGGAAGAUGGGAAGACGCGUUGGCGCUGCUACCUAGAGCCGCGGCUUUAGCGGCGGUGCCCGACGAGCGGAUGUAUUGCUCCGUCAUUAACGCGAUGGGGGAGAGCGGCGCUUGGGAGGCGGCUGUGGAACUCAUCCAGUCGAUGCGGCGGCGGCGGCCAUCGGCAGCCGCCACCGCAGGCGGUAGCGGCGUCGGGACCAGCGAUAGCGGAGCAAGCGGCGUCGCCGCUGCCGCCGUGGUGUCGCCGUCGCUGGAGCCCCCGCCCCCUGGGCGGGCGGCCUACGGGUGCGCGUGUCGGGCGUGCGCCAGGAAGGGGGAGUGGGGAGCGGUGCUGGGGCUGAUAGAGGACAUGCGGGAGGACGGCCUGGAGAGGGAUUCUUCGGUGUAUGCGUCAGCCAUGCGGGCGUUCGUCGAAGCGGGGGACUGGGAGAGGGCGGUGGAAAUCGUGACGGUUGAGAUGGAGCGAGACGGGGUAUCCCCGGACGCCCUAUCGUUCGGCCAGGCCUUAAGAGCCUGCCGGGCGGGGGCAGACGGGAGUGGUCGGGCGGCGCAGCUAGCGCUCGCGCUCGUUGGAGAAGUGCGGAGCAGGGGACUAGAGCCGGGCGUGGUGAUCCUCGAGAGUGCCGCCAGGGCUUGCCUGGCGGACGACCGGCCUGAGCUCGCGCUAGACAUAGUCUCCGAGACCCUCGACUCCUGGAGACGAGGGAGCUUGGGAGGGGACGGGGAUGGCGGUGGGGGAAGGCGGUGGGGAAUUGACGAGGUGCAGCGGCUAGAAACGAUGCGCAUCACGGUUCUCGGUCGCCUGGGACGGUGGGAGGACUCCCUCGAAGCCCUAGACGCGAUGCGGGCCAAGUUCGGCGACGAUGACCUAGACGAGAGAGCGUUCGUUUCGGCGGCACGCGCCUGCGCGGCGGCGGGGGAAUGGUCGCUGAUUCAGGUUCUCCAGUCCGAGGCAUCGGCGGUAGGGGACGGUGACGGGGUGUCCCCGGGGUCCGCGUGGGACAUGCAGCGAGCGCUGCUCUCCGGGCUCACGACGGCGGGGAUGUGGAGGCGCGCCAUGGGAAUGCUCCGAGAGAUGCAUCACGGAGGGGGUGGUGAUACGGUCAUGCCAGCAGCAGGGGAAGAACGGGGGCAGGGAAUGCCAGACCCGUCUCCGCAUUGGCAGCGGCGCAUGUUUAAGGACCACAGGUCGGUCAUGCACGCCUGCUUGCGGGCGGGCGCGUGGGACAAGGCCCUGUCCGUCUGGUCCGACCUCAGGUCGAUCGUCGAGGGGCCCAUCCCCUGCGGCCGGACCUACACGGCAGCCCUGCGCGCCUGCGGGCCGUUAGGCCUCUGGGCUACGGCGCGAGACCUGCUGUCGGAGAUGAGAGACGGCGCCGAGGGGGCCGAAGGCGAUGGGCUGUUGUUGUUACCCGAGGCCCGCCACUACGCCUUUGCGGUGUCGGCAGCGACGGUGGCUGACGAUAUCUCCUCGUACGAGGAAGCGACGCUGAGCGGACGCGGCGGGUGGGGGGCCGGCGGAUCGGACGCUGUGGUGGAUGGGGACGGGGGUAGCGGUAAUGCGGCGCUUCGGUCGGUGCUGUCCGACAUGGCCGCCGGCGGCGGCGGCGGGGUGGAGAUCGGGUGGGAGACGUACGCCGCGGUUUGCUGGGCGAGGAGCCAGCGGAAGCAGUGGCACAGGGCCUCCCUGGGGGUGCUGGAGCUCAUGGGCGAGCACGGAUUUGGGGACGGUGCUCUUGGCACGGAAGAAGCCGCCGAAGGCAUGCGGAGUCUCUACCGCCGACUGUUGGCCGCGGCGAGCAAGAUCCCAAGAUUCGCGACGGGCGCGGGCGGGACGCAGUCGGCGGCGCCCGCGAGGAGCGCGACUCGGCAGGUUCUCUUGGACGCCGAGGAGCGCCUGGCCUCCGUGCCCGGGGGUGCGGGGCCGCAGGUCCUCGCGGCCGCUGCUACCGCCUUCGCCCGCGCCGGCGACUGGGAAGGGGCUCGGGAUAUCGCCGUGCGGUUCGACCCACGGGUUGGUGGUCCUACCGCGGGGGGUGCAUCCAGCGGAACCGGGGAACCGUCUGCCGUUCGAAGAAGAACCGCUGACGCGGCGGCCGUUGUCAGUGUCGCGGUGGCUGCGACGGCCCGCGCGGGGGAGCUCGUUGAGGCGGAGGCGCUGGCGGAGCUGGCGAGGGUAAUCGCCACCACGGCAGAGGUAAGCGCCUCCAGUAGCGGGGGCGGUGCCACGGGAGGCGGCAGUAGAAGUCGCGGGUCAGACGGGGAAGAAGCGAGGGUCUCCCGUGGGACGGAACGGAGCAACAACCCGCUGGGCUUCGACCACAGGGCGGGCGUGGCCCUCGCCGACGCGUACGAGCGGGCCGGGCGGCUAUCCGACGCAGAGGGCUUGCGCUCGCGGCUGCAGGGGCGGAUGGCGAGCAGUCUCGGGCUGGAAGAAGCGGCCGGAGUCGAAGGAGGGGUUGCCGCCGCCCCCGCCGCCUCCGCGGUCCCUCGAUUGCCGAGCGUAGGGGGGCACAGCAGACGACGGCGCCCCCUGGCAGAGGGGGAUGAGUCGACGUGGCCCCCUGAUGAGGAGGCAGGCGGCGACGACGAGCAGUACGAUCUGUUUUUGCAGUGGAUGGCGACUGGCGAGGAAGAGGAAGAGGAAGAGGAAGAGGAGGAGGGGGACACGUGGUUGGGUGACGAUGAUUUCGACGAUGAUGACGACGACCAUGUGUUGGUGGCGGGGCCCCCGCGCGAGUCCGACGAGGAGGGUUUGACGAUCCGAGAGCUAGAAGGGUGGUGA